GUCAACACUGCAUAGCGUUCUUCAGAACUGUACAUACAAGGACCAGACAACACCUAUUGUGUUACAGAAAACGGAUAUACAGUCCCGAUUUGGGAGCUGUUUGAGUCCAGGUACUUUGGGCACUGCGAUGUGUAUUUCGGCAGGAUGUGGAGAGCCAAUCUCCUCUUACUCCAGGCUCUGACUCUGAGUCAGUACCUCUGGGCCCAGGAGGACUUAACAUCCAUCUCACCACAGAACUGCAGUCUGGAAUGUGUCCUGCAGGGGAGUCCAGGAUGCGAAUACUGCAGAAUCAACAGAGAAGAUGUUGGAAGAACCCUAGGCAUUCCCUCUGUCGAGGCAUUUGGAAGUUGUGUUCCAUGGCCAUGUUUUGUCUUUCUGGGUGGACAGAGCUCUGAUGUGUGCCAACAUUAUGUCCAUGCGCCUCACGAUGUGACUGUAGAGUUUGUAGCCGACGAGAAUCCUAAAUAUGACACUGUAGUUGUCUCCUGGCAACCCAGCCAGUUUGGGAUCUCCUUCCUCAGAGGGUUCCAGGUCUCCCUUCAGGCCUUGGGAGGAUCUCAUAUUGCCUGUCAGCUCUUUCUCUUUCAAAGCAAUAUUUCUCUCUCUGCCUCAUAUGCCCAAAGGGUGUACCAGUCAGACUCCUUCUCCCGUCUAGACCUGGGUGCCCAGUAUGCUGUCACUGUGAUGGCCCUGCCAGUUCCUGAGUUGUGGGAUCAAUUCUACCACAGUACAAUGUUCACCACACGCACAUGCCCAGAGAAAAAUGGACUUGAGCAUUGCAAGAAAGAUUGGUACCCAAAACAUAUAGAAGUUCAGCAGGAAGGGUCUGACAUUAUUGUGACAUUCAACCUUGCUCCCCCACAUUUUGGAAUCAACCGCUACUUCUCGUUAUGUUAUGGAGGGGGGCUGAAGAGAUACAUCAUUAAACCUAAUUCCACAAAAAACAGAACUCACUACAGUUAUCAUCUCCAAGGGCUGGUGGAAGGGUCCAACUACACAUGUGAGAUCGCAGUUGAUGAGGUAGACGCUGUAAGAAAAACAUUCAAUGUUCAAGUGAUGCAGAUUAAGCACGAGCCACCUCCCACUGCCACUCCAUCCCCGACCCUGCUGCUGCCUGUUGGCGUUGCCCUGGCAGCCAUGUUAGUGGUGUUAUUACUGGCUGUCAUCUGGAAGAAUCCCAGGCAGAACACGAGGAAGACAGAGAUAAAUCACGAAAUAAUCGAGCAACAUCUAGGCAAGAAUGGGAAUGAGGAACAUGUGUCACUGACCAGCAUGUUAACUCCGCCUCGAUUACUAAUUUGCUACAGCAGCGAUGACGGCAUUGCCCAUGUCCGAGCAGUCAUGCAAUUAGCAGUCUUCCUGCAGCAGCACAUGGCUACACAGGUGUAUCUGGACCUGUGGGAUUCUCUAAGCUUGGCAGAGGAGGGGACCAUGGGAUGGCACUGCAGGAGGAUCCAGGAGAGUGACUUUGUUCUGGUCAUCUGUUCCCGGGGACUACAGAGGCGGCCAUCUCAGAGCGACGAGGCACAAAGCCGAAGCUCAGCAGCAGCAGCCGUAGUAGCUCUGGUGGGAGAAGAGCUUGGCAGUGCCAAAGCCAAGGGGAGAGACAUCUCCAAGUACAUGGCUGCCAUAUUUGAGUACUCUGAGGAGAAGGACAUUCCUGCCCAGCUAGGGUUUGUGUCGCGCUACACCCUAACUAGAGACUUGCCUUUGCUCUUCUCCCACCUCCAUGGUGUGGCCCUACAUAGGCCUGGGGGGUAUCUGAGAAUAGAACACAUUACAGAGGAGGGUUACACCAAGCUGCCAGCCGGUGCUGCUCUACAAUGGUCUAUACAGGAAGCUGGCAUGGCGUUGAGUAAUCAUCAGGAAUCAUCUGAUGCAGGGGGGGAUAAAGAGCAUGACAAACAUGUGGAAUGUGUGUGAGCGUGAGCAUCCCAGUUGGGCCCUGCACUGCAAACUCCGGGACAAUUGACAUUUUUACAUUUUUACAUUUUAGUCAUUUAGCAGACGCUCUUAUCCAGAGCGAC